AUGGCCCAACAGUUGGAGUGCCAGUUGGCAUUUAUCAAGGAGCUGCAGCAGCAGAUGGCCGAGUUAAAAGCAGCCAACAUGGCCGCGAAGCAGCCGGUCCAACAUCAGCAGGAGCAACAGCAGCAGUUAAUCGUACAGCAGCGGCAACAACAGCAGGAGCAGAGGAAGCAGCAGCGACAACAGCAGCAGCAGCAGCAACGACAGCAGCAGCAAAGCGAGGAAGAUGACGGCAUGUGCCCCGAGAUAAUCAUCGAGGAGGAGGAAGGCGACCCCUUCAACUUCGUCGUCCGGAAAAAAAAGGCAGCGAAUAGGACUAAGACUUACAAUACAGAGAAAUUAGUAACUAAUAAACUUGUUGUUAUCUAUGGGACCUAG